AUGAUCGUCGGACAUGAUUUCAUGGAACAGGUCCCGGGCGUCCUUUGGGAUCAUCAGCCUCCAGGUAAGAAGGUGCUCCUGGCGAUACAGCCCAGGAUGAAGCGUCGUCAUCGCCAACUCUGUCUGGAGUGUCGUCUUUUGCAAAGGUGGGUAGUGAAACGACUACAUAAGAAUUGCAGCGGCGAGACAAAAGAGACAUUUGGCAGGACAGUUACAGGGAAGGGCAAGUGGAAUUUUAGUUGA